AUGAAGAUUUCCGUCCUGUCCACAUUCGUCUUCCUUGUCACCCUUUCGACGUCAGUCAUGGGGCAGGCCGCCUUCGCCGAUGACAUUGACGAUCUCAUGGCCCGCGAGCCCAGUCAUGACGAGUCCGUCUAUGCCAGGGAGUCUGUCGAAGACAAGCUCGUGCUGCGAGGCCUGGAGGAAGUCCGCCGUAGGAGCGAAGACCACCUUCAGUUCGUCGAGCGUUCCCUUGAGCUAAUCGAGAGGCGCAGCAAGUAUUCGUGCUACCAGGAUUGCAUCAGGAGGUUUACUGGAUCCAACCUCACCAAAUGCUACAAGAAUUGCGAUGGCUUGUGGGGCCCGAAUGGCAGAAAGUAA